UGUUGCCAGAGUGGCCCGCCCACCGACAACGUCUAUCACCUGUUCGAUUGUCUUGAUAUCCCUCACCCUUGCACGGCUCUACAAUCAAGAUCAGCUCAAUUGAAGAGGGACACAAUACACCUAACCGAGAACCGGUCGACCAUCCACCUAUUGUCUCAUCAUCCUUCCCACAUCCUCGACCAGUAUGCGCAUGUGAACUCUCACCCAAGGAGACGCCUGAUCAUCUGAAGCAAUAAACAUGGAUCAAGCCCAGUACGACGCUAUCAAAGACAACUGGGGUGAAGUUGAGGACAGAGAUGGAGUCCGAUUGAGUUGGAACACGAUUCCUUCCUCGCGCAUGGAAGCGAAUCGCCUGGUUGUCCCACUCAGUGUCCUUCUCACACCACUCAAAGAGUUGAACAAGCCCUUUCUCAAUUACGAACCUGUCAGCUGUCGACCGCCAUGUCGCGCCGUCCUCAACCCUUUCGCCAAUGUCGAUGUCCGUGCUAAGAUAUGGAUAUGUCCCUUUUGUCUUCAGCGUAACGCGCUUCCACGUCACUAUGGAGAUAUCAGUGCAGAAAAUGUUCCUUCUGAGAUGCACAGCCUGAACACAACGGUGGAAUAUCAACUCUCACGUCCUGCUCCUUCUCCUCCAAUUUUCGUGUAUGUGGUCGACACUGCCAUUGAAGAGGAUGGUCUGCAGGCUUUGAAAGAUACCUUGGUCAUGAGUCUGUCCCUUCUGCCCGCAAAUGCGCUCGUUGGACUUGUCACCUUUGGGACGAAUGUGGCUGUACAUGAGAUUGGCUAUGCCGAGUGCCAGAAAUCCUACAUGUUUCGUGGUAGCAAGGACUAUGCGGCGAAGCAGAUACAGGAAAUGCUCGGCCUGGCUGCUCCAGGACUUCGACCGAACAUUCCACCUCAACAAGGACGUCCUCCACCUCCGGCUGGACCAGCCGCUCGCUUCCUCCUCCCUGUUCAACAAGCAGAGUUCCAGAUCACGAAUGCCAUCGAGCAGCUGCAAAAGGAUCCCUGGCCUGUUGCCAAUGACCGUCGACCCCUGAGGGCUACCGGAGUUGCUCUCAGUAUUGCUGUUAGUUUGUUGGAAACAUCAUUCCAGAAUGCUGGCGCACGCAUCAUGCUUUUCGCUGGCGGCCCUGCCACUGAGGGCCCAGGCCUCGUUGUUGGCCCCGAACUUCGAGAGCCGAUUCGAUCACAUCACGACAUUGACCGUGAUAACGUCAAAUAUUUCAAGAAAGCCAUCAAAUUCUACGAUAGCCUAGCAAAACGAACGGCUCACAAUGGUCAUAUCAUCGACUUGUACGUUGGAUGUCUGGAUCAAGUCGGCUUGCUUGAAAUGAAGGGCCUUGCGAACUCCACUGGCGGUCAUAUGGUGUUGACCGACAGCUUCACCUCUUCACAGUUCAAACAGUCAUUUGUCCGGGUUUUCGAUAAGGAUGAGCAAGACAAUCUCUUGAUGGGCUUCAAUGCCAAUCUCGAAGUCAUCACAACGAAAGAGCUCAAGGUUACUGGCCUGAUCGGACAUGCUGUCUCUGCCAACAAAAAGUCAAGUUCAGUCAGUGAAACGGAAUGUGGCAUUGGCAACACUUCUGCAUGGAAAAUGUGUGGUAUUGACCCAACCUCGAGCUACGGUAUCUACUUUGAGGUUGCCAAUCAAGGCGGCCCCGCCCCUAUGCAGCAGGGGCCUCAAAGAGGCAUGAUGCAAUAUCUGACCUAUUAUCAGCAUUCAUCUGGACAGUACCACUUACGUGUCACCACUGUUGCUCGGAAUUUGAGUGGGCCUGCCGGUGAUCCAGCCCUCGCACAGUCUUUUGACCAGGAAGCUGCAGCUGUUCUGAUGGCUAGAAUCGCGGCGUUCAAAGCAGAAGUCGACGAUGGUCCAGACAUCCUCCGAUGGGUUGAUCGAAUGCUUAUUAGGCUCUGCUCUCGAUUCGCCGACUAUCGCAAGGACGAUCCAACUUCAUUUCGCCUUGAUAAGAACUUUACGUUAUAUCCUCAGUUCAUGUUCCAUCUCCGCAGGUCACAAUUUUUGCAAGUCUUCAACAACUCACCUGAUGAAACAGCAUUCUACCGACAUGUACUGAACCACGAAUACGUGGGCGACUCAUUGAUUAUGAUUCAGCCAACGCUAGACUCGUACAGUCUUGAACACGAAGGAGGACAGCCAGUAUUACUCGACUCGGCCUCUAUCCAACAGCAAACCAUUCUCCUGCUUGACACCUUCUUCCAAAUCCUCAUCUUCCACGGCGAGACAAUGGCCGAGUGGCGUAAAGCCGGCUAUCAAGAUCAAGAGGGUUACGAGAAUUUCCGUGCCGCAUUGGAAGCCCCCAAGGAAGACGCACGGGAGCUCGUGCAGGAUCGAUUCCCGCUGCCAAGAUUCAUCAUCUGUGAUGCUGGAGGCUCACAGGCACGAUUCCUGCUCUCCAAGCUUAAUCCAUCUACGACGCACGCUACAGGCGGCUAUGGUGGUGUUUCCCAGAGUGCGCAAACAAUUUUCACGGACGAUGUGUCGUUACAGACCUUUAUGGACCACCUGAUGAAACUUGCUGUAUCUGGAGCGAGCUAAAUGCCGGGUGUUUCACUGUGGUGUAUGAAGGUAGUGUGAGGAGGCUUUCGCCAUGGUAUUGGCCUGGCGUGCGCGUUAAAAUUCAUCUGGAAGCAGUCAAAGUUAGAUUCGAGCAUUGAUUGAAAGGCAUUCAAAUAUUGAUGCUCGUAGAGAUAUCUGAUGAAAUGUCCGUAAUGCCUAGCAUUGACCUGAACUGAUAACAAGACACAAAACCGACGAGCAAGGCGGCGGAGGUAGAUCCCGUGAUCCCCUCAUAAUGAAAUCU